AUGUCGGAGAAGACGCCCCUCAUCCCAAAUGAGGCACGGACAGGAGCAGCCCCACGCUCUCAACGCUGCUUUCCUCGGAAAAUAGCUGUGAGAGUUCUCUGUGCCACUGCUGCUGCUGGACUCUUCUACUACGGUUUUCCCGACAUCACAUCACACGUUGGCAAGUCCAAGCUAUGCUUGACACCAGCAUGCGUGCAUGCGGCCUCUGAGAUUCUGUACAACCUCUCUCCUAACUACAAGGAACUCGACCCUUGUAAUGAUUUUGAGGAGCUUGUAUGUGGUGGCUGGAGGGACCGCCAUGACUUGCGUGCCGACCAAGGAGAUGCGUUCACGGGUACAAUCAUGAGUGAGAACUCUGAACUGUUGCUUCGCCACAUUCUGGAAGCGCCGUAUCCCAAAGAUUCACAGCAUUCUUAUUUCUCUCCCAUGCAGCUGCAGACAACGCAGAAAUCUGUGGAUGAGAAAAACUUCGACAAGAUGAAAGCUAUCUACGACGCUUGUCUUGAUGAGAACAAGAUCAAGGGUCUUGGUGCUGAACCACUUCUGACAGUACUGGAGGAGAUCAAGCAAGCCUAUCCUAAGGGCAACGCCGUUUCUUUACUUGCGAGAUACGGUGUAACCGGUUUGAUUGAAACUGGAACCGGUGCUGAUGACCGCGAUCCUGAUACUGUCGUGGUAUCUGUCGCGGCCCCGUAUUCAUUCGGCCUGCCUAGCAAAGAGCGCUACGAGGACGAGAAACUCGUCGAGAAGUAUCGUGGCGUUGCUGUUGAGGUACUCCGCGCUCUCUACCCUGACUCAAAAGAAGAAUCUUUUUCCAAGAUCAUCGACUUCGAGAAGAAGCUAGCAGCUGCUUCACCUAGCACGGAGGACCGGGAGGAUGUCACCAAGUACUACAACCCAAUGAGCCUGGAUGAUGCUAACAAACUCGCUCCGGAAAUUGACCUGAAAGGUUUACUUCACAAGCUCGUGCCUAAGCACGUUGGAGUAAAUCGUGUCAUUGUCAUGGCGCCAGACUAUCAGAAGAAGCUUUCCUCCAUCCUUUCCGAGACUGACAGCGAAGUGGUGAUGAAUUAUCUUCUCUGGAAAGCCACUCAGUCACUUUCAGGAUACAUUGACGCAGAAGCAGUCAAGCCCUAUAAGCGAUUCGUCAAUGAACUCGCUGGCAAGGAUCCUGAAUCCACUCCUGAACGGUGGCGCAAAUGUGUAGGCCACGUUGAUGAUGGUGUGGGCUGGAUUUUGAGCAGAUUCUUUGUUGAGAAGGCUUUCUCUGCCGAAGCUAAGAAUUUUGGUGACACAAUCAUUACUGACAUCAAGACCGAGUUCGCCAAGAAACUUCAGGCAACGAAGUGGAUGGACGAGGCUACCACAAAGCAGGCUAUCAACAAGGUUCACAACAUCAUUCAAAAGAUUGGGUACCCCACUGAGAGCCCAAAUAUCAUGGAUCCCCCAAGCCUUGAGAAGUACUACGAUUUAGUCAACGUCUCAUCCAGCACGUUCUUCCAGAACGCGUUGUCAGUACGUCGAUUUGCUGUCGACGAUGAAUGGUCAGCGCUGGGCAAGCCUGUAGACCGUGCGAAGUGGGGCAUGUAUGCUUCAACGGUCAAUGCCUAUUACAAUCCACCUGGCAACGAGAUUGUCUUCCCGGCUGGCAUCAUGCAGUUUCCUGUCUUUGAUGUCAACGUACCCGCGUACAUGUCCUACGGUGCGUUCGGCUCGGUUGCCGGUCACGAACUUAGCCACGCCUUCGACUCCACAGGACGUCAUUAUGAUGAGAUCGGCAACUACACUGACUGGUGGAGUAAUGGGACGGUUGAGGCGUUCAAAGAACGAGCUGAAUGUUUUGUCAAUCAGUAUGCCAACUUCUCUGUACCUGGCACUGACGACAAGCCCCUCCACGUCAACGGACGCCUGACUCUAGGCGAGAAUAUUGCUGAUGCUGGCGGUCUAUCUGCGUCUUAUCAGGCGUGGAAGCGUCGCUCUCACGAGAAGCCGAAUCAAUUUCUUCCCGGUCUGGAGCACUUUACGCAAGAUCAGCUUUUCUUCGUCACUUACUCGAACUGGUGGUGCGGCAAAUCGCGUAAGGAGAAUGCUAUCAACAGGAUCUACACCGACCCUCACGCGCCCAAGUGGGCACGCAUCUUGGGGACGAUGGCGAACAGCCGUGAGUUUCGGGAGAGCUUCCAAUGCAAGGAGAAGAAGCCUACCUGCCAGCUGUGGUAA